AUGGAGAACGUCCGGGCGUAUGGCGCCGGACUUGCCGGAGCCAACUUUGAUAAAAACACCUUCUUCAAAAAGCCAACAGUUCUUUUCCGUUGUGCGGCUCUGGUGAGUAAAGUUAUAAAGUUGCAGACUUGUUUUGCUAUUCUAUUCUUUUCGCGCGAGUCUAACAAAAAAUCAAUUCUUUGCAGGUAUUCGGCCUCAUUCUGUGGUAUUCUGUGUCGAAAGGUGGCUGGCACAAACCGAGCGACGCCAUUCAUCCGGUAUCGCAUUUCUCGGUGACGAAUUCAUAAAUUUUGUGUGACAGGUGUGUCUCUACGGAAAAAGCUCUUCAACGUGCUCCUUCGCCACGGCCGUUGGAUUCUUCGCUGUGUGCGGAGCCAUCGCGCUCAUCGUGCUCGAUGCCAAGAUGGACACAAUUAGUUCAAUUCCGACUCGUCGACGGGCUGUCCUAGCGGAUCUCGUUGUUUCAGGUACUAGCCGUGAUUACGAAAAUACAUAAAUGGAAUUGAUGUUUGAUGUUUUCCAGGAAUAUUCACCGGAAUCUUUCUGAUCGGCUUUUUCACAUUCUGGUCCAAAUUAUCGUCUUUCGAAGUCGACGAAGACGACGAAAAUCCAAUAAAGACUAACAACGCGAAAUUCGGAAUUCUCAGCGCUCUUCUCUCCUUUUUGGCAUGGGUGCGUCAUACAUAGAGGGAGGGGGGAAGAGGUUUUGAGUGUGCGUUAUCUUCUGACCGAAUCUGCUGACAGAAACUCUAACUUUUUUGCUGUGUGUCGUCGACUGAAAGACCCAUGUGAUGAGUGAUGUCCGAAAACGGAGAAUCGAGUGAAAUUCGAUCGGAAAGCGAAGGUUUUUCAUUCGAUACUCGCAUUUUGAGUGGUCUGAGAAGGGUUUGGAAGCGUAAGAGGACCCCGAACAAAAAUAAUUACGAAUUCUUGACUUGAAUUCAGACGUUUAAGUUACAUUCUAGGGUGGAGCCGCAUUUUUUGCCUGGCGUCGUUACGAGGAAGGCAACCAGGCGGCUCACGAGCCAAACUACGAUGAGCAGUUUGGACAGGUUUCCAGCGACGUCCAGGACGGGUACGGAUACGGAGGAGAUUCUACAGGUCGGUCUUAGCACUACCUUAGACUUUUGAAUUUUGAAUAUUUCAGGAAUUGGACACGUCGGCGGAGCUCCAGCUCCGGCUCAGUCCUAUCAAUCUGGUGCCCCACCACAAAACAUGCAACAAUCACCCGCCAACCCAUACGUCCAAUCUGAAGGAUAUGGUUAUUAG